AUGAGAGCAGAAUAUCGAUCACAUUCCUCCUCGUCGUGCAACGUUGAGUUGCGUUCUAAAGGACGUGAGGUAAGAUCACGCAGGCUGAGAGAGCCAAAUACAAGCAAACUAUUACAUUUUUAAGGCUCCUUUCAUUAGAUAGGGUAAGGUGUCGUGUAUUUCUUAUUGCGUUUUGUGUUGGUAGCCAUGAAACGAUCGGUAUCAAUGUCCCCAUGUCGACGUAUUUUCCAUGCAUGGAGGCGCCGCUGCGGCAGACUAGCUUUUGGCGUUUCUCACCUCUUAAUCUGUGUUUUAUUGUAAGGAUCAGAGAGUGUGAAAAUUGAUGCUAGACAAAUUGGAGGAGUUUUCAGCUGUAAAUGCGUGUAAUAUGUCUUCUCGAUAUCUGUUUGGAAAAUGAAAACGAUACCUGUUUGCAUGUCUCUAAAUUAUAAUCCCAGCUCACUGUACGCUAACAACGAAAUAUUCACAAUGGCGUGUUAAAUUCCACAGGAAUCGAAAGUGUGAUUUCUAUCCUCACACUCGUUAUUGCAAUCCUAGAUUUGUUCAGUCGAUGAAUAUCAAGGUUUGAGUACCCACGUGCAAAACCGGAAAAAAACUUGGAAUUGAAACUCAUAUCUUAAAAUUAGCUUCCAAAACUAAGCUAUGUUGCUUACAGUUUUCAAUAAAUUCGGGUGACAGCUUUCUAUAUCUUCCUUAUUAUAUCUUAGUCUAUAUCUAUUAUAUCUUAGUGUCUUCAAAGGGAUUUGAGAUUUAAUUAAUUUAUUUAUAACAUCUGUUUGUCAGAAAUUCAUGAUAAUUGUUGGACUGCUGUCACUAUGAGUCAAGCGCCUUAUCCCCCUACUGGGUAUGCCUAUGGACCUCUUCAAGGUUAUCAACCAGGUAUAUUAAUGAAACAGUACAUACAUGGGGAUAGUUGAUGAAUUUUUUCUUGGAUCAUGAGUAGACAAUGGAUUAGUGGUUUGCAAUUAGAUUAUUAGUUCACAUUUUCAAAGCAUUAAUUAUUCAUAAGGGGGUCAUCCAACCAAGACAUGCCAAUUUGGUCACAUGCAUGUGGUUUAAAACCCUGGUGAAACACUGGAAUGAUGUGCUAUCCAUGAGUUUCAUAUAAUAAGGCAUCAAACUCAAGUGAACUCAUUUCUUAAUUUGAAUAUUAAUAACAUGUAUUUGAAUACUUAAAACAAAGACACCCACAAAAACAAACAAACUUUAUUAACACCCUCUCUAAUAUGAAGAAAUAAGACAUUGUCUAAAGAAAGUAUGAUCACAUUCAUUCCCUUGUUUACAUUAAUAUUUAUUUUACUUUUCUUAAAGUAGGCAGAGGCCAUAAACUGAUCACAAGAACUCCUCAAAUUACCAAUUUCAACAGUACCUUCUGUGUCUUUACUCAUUUCUUCCUUACUAGUGCUGCACUUAGGUGCCAACACCUCAGAAAACUCAGCAUUGUGAUAACAUUGCUUACACCCUUUCUGAAAAGAGAAAUCACCAUAACAAUACAAUUUUUUGUAACAACAAACUUGCUGACAACAUACAAAAAAAUUUGUGAAUAUUUCAAUUUUCUUUUAUCCCUAAGGUGCAGUUGAGAAGCAGUUUCAAAAACUUGUGCAUCAGGAUUUCCAAACACUCUAAAACAUUUAAAGUACUUGGCCUUGCAGCCUGGUGCUUUCAUCAGUUUUUUCAUGUUUGGAAACCCUGAUGAAACCCUUGUCCUCAUUUUUUAAAUAGUAUAUCUAAGAAUUUUUCAUCAGUGUUCAAUCCUCUAUCACAAAGUCUCGUUUACAAUUUGUAAGUUAAUUGUGUGACUUAUUUACGGCAAGUAACAUAAGUGCAUGGUCCCCUUGAUAACCCUUAAACCCCAGUGAGUGACUAGCUUCUAAUUUCUCCUUCAUUAUCAUCCCUGAAUCAAACAUUAAAGUCAUGAGAAUAAAAGAAAUGAUCAGCAAUUGAAGAUACUCAAGAUUGUCUAACAAAUUCUCCUUGUCAGCACCUUAUAAAAUGUCUAGAGAACAGUAUGAAGAAUAAUAGUGCUUUCCGAAGUUAGGGUGUAGAGGGUUAACCCUUUAACUCCCAGAUCAAAUUUUUAACUCUCCUAACUGUCAACCUACAAUUCUUAUAACAUUAGCUCAGAGAACUUAGUAUUGGAUCAACUAAUUAUCCCCAAGUUUAUGUUUUUCUUUAUUCUUGUUACUUAUCUGGUUGAUAUUGUAUUGAUAUUGUAGGGAGAAAUUCUGUCUUGGUCACUCAUAGGAGUUAACCCCUAAACUCCCAUGAGUGACCAAGAGAAAACUUCUCCUUACAAUAUCAGCACAAUAUUAAGUAGAAAAGUGAUGAGAAUAAAGGGGGAGAUAAUCUAGGUGACUUGAAGUUGAUCCAAUGCUAAAUUCUCCCACAUAAUAUCAAAAGAUUGUAUGACAGACAGUAAGAAGAAUUAAUAAUUAGAUCUUGGGAGUGAAAGGGUUAAAGGAUUUGAAUUUUUUUCCUUUCCAGCUCAACCCCAGAUUGGCUUUGUUCCUCAGCCAAGGUAUGGUCCCCCAGCCCCUCAGCUACCUGGCCAUGGAUCACUAGCCAUUACUGGUGAGUAACUGAAAUAAUUCAGACACAAACUGAUGGUGAUAAAAUUCUGAUUCUGUUGAUAACUGCUGAUUACAGAUUAUGAAAUCAGUUCAUUUAAGUUUGUGAUAAUGUCAUAAAGUUGCAAUUUUUUUUUUUCAUAAUAGAUGGUAAAGCACCAAAUCCUCAUAGAAUCCAGCAGUGUAACCCUUAAACUCCCAGAUCUCAUUAGUAAUACUCUUUACUGUUUGCCAUACAAUUCCUAUGUUGUUAGUUUGGAGAAUUUGGUAUUGGAUCAACUAAUAAUCCCCUAAUUGAUACUUUUCUAAGUUCCCAUCACUUGUCUAAACAAGCCAAGAAAUAUUUCAAGAAAAGUAUAAACUCUACAUGUUUCAAGCUGAGUAGUAACAUGAAAGUUGGAAGAAUGUUGAUUUCGGACAUAUGUAUUUCUAAUAAAAAUUUACACAGGUCUGAUCAAAAUGGGGAUACACAGAUACUGGACCCUUUCCCUGAAUCCACCAUUGGGAAGGGAUACUGACAAACAAUUCUAUUUUCUCUAUUCUAGUUAAAACAUUCAUCACAACCCUUGCGAAAUGGCUUUUGGAAUUCCUAGGAAUUCCCAACCAUAACAACUCUGGUUCUAAAAACCUAGAAAUUCCUAGAAAUUCCCAGAAAUUCCCAGAAAUUCCCAGAAAUUCCCAGAAAUUCCCAGAAAUUCCAAGUUUAUAACUAACAGGACUUGGAAUUCCUAGGAAUUCCUAGGAAUUCCUAGGAAUAAAGGUGUGAAUUUUCAUGGUAAAUUCGGACUGGGAAUUCCUAGGAAUUCCUAGGAAUUCCCAACCAUAACAACUCUGGUUCUAAAAACCUAGAAAUUCCUAGAAAUUCCCAGAAAUUCCCAGAAAUUCCAAGUUUAUAACCAACAGGACUUGGAAUUCCUAGGAAUUCCUAGGAAUUCCAACUCGGAGAACCAAUAACUUUCCCUGAAAAGCUGUAAAUCUAAAAAAUUCCUAGGAAUUUCUGGGAAUUUCUGGGAUUUCUGGGAAUUUUUGGGAAUUUUUAGGAAUGUUUAAGAAGUACUGGGAAUUUUAAGCAAAAAUUUGAGGCUAAUGAUAUAAAAUAAAUACUUUAAAUUAAAAAAACCCAGCUCAAAUUCAAGUAUUCAAUGAAAUUUAUUUAGAAGCUUAAUUAAGGCUUACAUGUAAAAUAUUUUUGAUUAAUUACUAACAUCAAUGUGUGGUAAUAUUAGGAUGGAAUUUGAUUUAUUUUUCUUUUCUUGAAAACUUCAUACGGAUUAAUCCUCAAUUACAGCUAUUCAUAUAAAAUAGUUCUAAUCAAUCAUUAAAUUUGGUUUGACACAAAUUGUGAAUAAAAUCUGUUGAUUCUCUUCCAUAAAAUACAAUAUCUUAAGUUAUAUUUAUAUAGUUAUAUUCUUGGGAGUGAAGGGGCUAAUUACAGACAAAUAAAAUUGAGUUUUUGAUUAAAAUCUUGUUGUAACUAUAACAAUAAAUUAGAAUGAAGUUAUCCUAAACUGCAAACUUAGCUGCUGUUUGUACUGUUUGUAUUUUUUUUCCUGGGCUCACAAUGAGUUGGCCUUGAAUGAGGUUGUCAACAAGAACCUUGACCAUUUUGUAUCUGGAUUCCUUGACAUCUGAAUUUGAAAAAAAACAAUAUAUUAAAAUAUGUAUGUUUAAAGCUCAGACCAGGCUUUUAAGAUGGCUAUGAGGAAAAGGGCAUUCAUUGGAUUCUCAAAUUGAGAAAUCUCUGUUAUAUUGAGUGACUUUUAUAUUGGAGUUAGUACAUCUCUCUCAUGGAUUUUACUAAAAAAGGGCUGAAUACAUAAUUUUGUUUUUACCAAGGAGGGCUUCUUUAUGUACUAAGGUUUGUUAUGAAUCUUGAAUGUUCCCAAACGUGACUAGAGGAAUCUUGAAACCUUACUGAUAGGUUUAUUUCAUUGUAAAGCAUGAGCUUACGAAACUGCGGCAUGCAAGUGACCGAUUCGAUUCUCAGAAUUAUUCUAGUUUCAGUUGCGCCGAGCGUUAUGUAAGCUUUAUUCAACCCACUACAUCUAUUCUUUUAUAAGAUUUUGAUCACGUAACGAAUAUCGCAAUUUUUACUCACCACAAACUUUCAAAAUCGUAGCUUUACAGAUGGCCACUCGACCCUUGUUUGUACCAGUCCAUAUGUCAACUGUUGUCCCUUCUUUUAACUCCACGGCGCCAACGACUUUCUUCUCUUUUACAACACUCACGCUAUUCUCGUUUUCCCAUUGAACCACAAUAAAAGCUAUCUUUAGAAAUGUUAUAUUAAGCAAAACAGUUGAGAAAAGCGAUCAACCGAUGAAAAGUACAUUCAAAGAUGAGCGCCAAAUGGAGUCUUCUUUGUUUCCGAUCACGGGCAUGAUCACGUGGAUCUUUUAGGACUUGUCAUUGGCUAGCAAAGUGAAUCCGCUGGCUUGCCGAUUGCAGUGUUAAGAGAAGCGCCCAACUUUAUUCUGACUUCUCCGACCGGUUCUCUGCUUCUAGAAGAUGGAUAGCUUGGUGAUAUAAAUAAAGAUGUGAGCUCACUCUAUGUAGAAAUAAUCGACAAGAAUCGAUCGUUUACAAAUGCACGAUUUGUGGCCGAAAGCUGUCGAGGAAACAAAGACUCGAAACUCACUUGAGUUGUGUUAAUGGCAAAGGUGAGAAAUAACACAAGCCAAUCACAGUUUUGAAUGCGACUACAAAUCGUCUUUUACCCUCAUAUUUAUAAAAGAAGGAUACCACAUUCGGAAGUAUAAGAGAUACAUAGAUGAUCCCAGUGUACCAGUACCUAAAUCUACAAAGCUUGACCGUAGCAAGCGUUCAGCAACACGUUCCAACACCGCCAUCUCGAUUCCUCAGUCAGUCGUUUCCACUGAACUUAAAGCAGUAUUGACAACAGAGUAGAGUGCGUCUUACAAAGGAGAAACAUUUGUACAAGAGACAGGAGUAGCUAUAUGCGAUUACAGAGGUGCGUUGAAACUCUGGUCCACAAAUAGUUAUGCACUGCCCGAAGUAUAAAACAAUUUUGUUGAUAGCUGACAGACAGAGAAGAACAACAAGUAAACUUAAGAGCUGUUAUUAUUGAAGUGUGACUAGCACUUUUCAUUUUUAUAGAAAGAAGGACUUGUAAUUUGCUCCAAAAAUAAAAAGAUGUAAUAUUUUUUUUGGGAGAUCCAGUGAUUGGGACAUUUAAGAAAUUAAGUUAUGAAAGGAAACUUGGUUGGUACUUCUCACUACUAACAAGUCUUGUUGACAAAUAUUUUCAGAUCAGAGUUUCAAAUAAAGUAAAUUGAAGACGUCAUAUAAAAGGUGUUUUUCCUCAAAGGGAACAUUUACUACCUCUGUCUUGUCUGCAUGCCAAAUGUUUGCAAAGUGUGUGGAUGAUCCACAAGUAUUGGAACUCUUACAAAAAUGUUUUGUAAGAAUAAAAACAGCAAUUUUUAAAACAAAUUACAGCAAUUAGUCAUGAAAAUAGAGCAAAAAACUGAAAAAAAAAGCAGCAACAACAAUCAUGAAAAAAGAAAGAUUAAUUAGGUGUUGAAUUUGUUUGUCUAAGGCAUGAAAUUUCUACUAAAAGUAUUGUCAACAAAAGGUCUCUGACAGCAUUUGAGGCAACUGAGCUUGACUGUUCCAAGGUUUUCUAACAAAGGCAACCAGUAAUGUAGGUUAGGGAAGUAAGAUAACAAUGUUAUUGUUAAUUAUUGUGGAAGUUGGCAAUUUCCAUUUAACAUAACUGACAGCUGGUUCAUGAGAAAAUCCAUAUUAAUGUAAAGAUUUACUAAAACUUAGUUUGAGUAAUAAAUUUCAUGAUCUUUAAGUUAUAAACAUGUACAUGUAUGUAUAUCUCUUGGUAAGUUUUGUAUAGCAUACCUUUUAUUAAGCCAAAGUUUUAAGCCUCUGAAAUUACUCUUUUUCUUAAAACCUUCACAUUCAAGGUAUUGAGAAUUUCUUAGAAUUUAUGUGGACCUCAGGGUAUUAAAAUUGCCUCAAAUUCAAUUCCCAGAAAUUCCCAAGAGUUCCACACUUCUUAAAUUAUAGGUAGUUUGUAAAGCUGAGAAUUCCUAGGAAUUCCUAGGGAUUCCAAGUCCUCACAAAACUGGAGUCUUCCUUUCCCAGAAAUUCCCAGUAAUUCCAAGCUUUUUAAAUCAGAGUUAAUUUGCAUAGUUGGGAAUUUUUGAGAAUUCCUAGGAAUUCCUAGGAAUUCCCAGAAAUUCCCAGAAAACUGGGAAUUCAGUUUGCAAGGGUCAUUUGCAUAAUUGGGAAUUUUUGAGAAUUCCUAGGAAUUCCCAGAAAACUGGGAAUUCAGUUCGCAAGGGAAUUAUCCCAUAAUGAGAUAAACUCCAACCUUAAUGCACACUCUAGCAAACCAACAGUUCAGGCAUUCUUUGUUAAUUUCCAGGAUUGACAUUCAAUUUCAAUACCCUUAGUUUCAAAAUUAAAAAAACUGCAACAAAAAUAAACUGAAAAUUCCUAAUAAAAAAAUUAUUAACCUCUUCUUUUCUUUUUUUCUUCUUUUCCCUUGUGAUCUGAAUCUGGCUUCUCCCCCACAUGUCUUGUUCAAUGUUAUAUAUUAAUUCGAACAUUUGUUAGCUAACUUUAUAUGAGCCUGUUGGCUUCAUUUAGGUACUGUUGCAAUACACCUUUAUGUAUUUAACCCUUUAGACCCUAACAUCAGUAUGCAUAUUCUCCAUACUGUUCUCUAUACAUUCCCUAAAGUGCUGACAAGGAGAAUUUGUGCAACAAUCAACAACUUCUUUAGCUGCUGAAAAUUUUCUUUACUCUCAUAACCAUACUGCGUGAUUGAGGGGUGAUAUUGUAAGGAGAAAUUAGAUGCUAGUCACUUUUGGAAGUUAACCUAGUUUAUCAUGCUUCCCUGUCAGUGAUUAUCAUAAUGUUCCAAAUAGAUAAAUACAAAAAAUUAAAAUGUAGUUCUUCACAUAAUUUAUAAACUGAUUUAUCAUUGGACAGGUAGAGUAGACAGACCUACAUAUUCAGGCUCAGAUGUACCCCCUCAGGAUGUGUUUGAUAACCAGUUUGGCAAGCCUCCAGCUCCCUCUGCACCCCCUCCUGACAUGUUUGCGCAUUACUCUGGAUAUGAACAAACACAAUUUGGUAGGCUAAUAAGGAUUGUUUUACACAUUUUUAUGAAUUUACCAAGUGCGUCUCACUAAAGUAGGGUCAAUUCUUUACUGGAGUCAAGUGGCUCACGAGUUGUAUGAAUACAACUGGAACUUAUCUCCGCAUUUUCUGCCACAUGGAAUGAGUGAUUAAGAGCAUUGCUACUCCCCCCUGGGUGGAAUGCCAGUUCAUAUCAGGUAACCCUUUCCCACCUCAUGGAUGUCUUCUUAUAAGUCAGAUUUAUUUGAUAUUUAUUAAAAUUUUUAUUUAUUGAUUGCCCCUUGUUCAUGAGAUUUACUCCUUGGCAACAUUACAUAAAUGUAGUUUUGCAAAGUGGUAACAUUAUAGUUUUGUAUAUAUUGCUACAAAUUUUGUAACUAUUUUAUCUAAUCCAACAGGCAGUUCAUAUACGGUUGUGAAUAUAUGGAAGUCAUAUAUUUCAUUCAUAUUUCAUUGAUUCGCGUCUUUAACCGCAGUUCAAAUAUAUUUCAUUCAAGGCAGUUCAUAUGUUCCUCCUCCACCCCCAUAUGUGCCCCCUCCCUCCUCACAGAUGCCAGAACAGCACUUCCAACAGUGAGUUUUACUUCAUCAUUUGGUGUUAGUUACAUAGAUUUUUUAAUGGGUGAGUUUUUAUUGUUUUUAUUUUGUAAAUUUGUGUCACAAAAUACCAUGAUACCAUUAAAUAUAUCAACUCAACCUGUUUUGAUAGCCUGAAGAACAAGUUUUGUAAACUGAUCUGGAUAAGCGAAAAAGUAUUAGGGCAAGUUGAGGUUACGAACUUGCGAGCAUUUAUUCAACCAGCCCUGUUUGAUUUAGAAUUAUAGUGGAUGGUGGGGUGAGGGGUCAGGGAAAGGUAAGAAGACAAUUGCCCACGACUUCCUUCCCCCUUUGGUACAAAUUUCUUUCUCUCCCCAGCCUUCCACUGACUUUUCACACUGAGUACUAAUGCUCACUAAAAAUUAUGUUUGCUCUGUUGGCUGAGUUGCUGGAAGAUGUGUGAUCUCGCAACCAAGUUUUCAGGAAAGUUCGUGAUUUUUUCGGUUUCCUUCGAUCCUCAUUCGUUUCUUCCUGAUUAAUACACUCUUCUUCUUCUGUAUCAUUUUUCUCUGAUUCACUCUGGCUUCGAUUCCGAGCGAAAAAAAAGCUUUCUAAUGUUCGAACACGUUUUCGAUGUGACAUGUUACUGCGCUUUUCACAAACAUGCGAAUUUUGAAGUUCAAAAACCAACUGACGAUUGCGUUUUUCGCUGCCGUCAAUCAUCUUAACGGAACUCUUAGGAAACAAAACUCUACUUUCACGGGUUCAAAAGGUCAUGGUUUGUGAUUUGUGAUUGGUGGAUUUCAAUCUGUUUCGUGUGUUUCUGUGUUUCAAGGUUCGUUGCUUGUGAUCGUAAUUAUGAUUGAGGGCAGCGAAAAACAUAAUUGUGAAGGCGGAUUUUGAACUUUUGAGUUCGCAUGUUUGUGAAAAGCGUAGUAAAGAUUGCCACGUGAGUUCAGCACGCUUGGUUGAGCAUGAGACGUACGUGUUCAGUAAAGUGUGACUGAAACGUCGCUUUAGAAUGAACUUUAAACGUGCAAGAAAAUAAAUUAUACUUUCCACGUUCUGUUUUAGCUUGCAAUUUCUGUACCGAGAUAAAACUCUUCGUGUGUGCUUCCUUUCGAGAUUUUUCCCUAAAUUUUGAAGGGGACAAAUUGUCCCCUUGACCGUUUUUUUAAGGGGCAAUUUCAAUUGCAGUGCGGGAUUGGCGCAAUGGCGCGGCCUGGCUCAAAUCCUGCAUCACACAUUAUCAUCAGUAUGAUUAGUACUAAGAAGUAUUAUAUCUUUGUGACAGCUUAGAUUUUGAUAUUUUUUUCGUAAAAUUAUUCUUAUACCCUUGGAAUUUUCUCUGCAAGGUGUAGUCAAGGAUAACAUGGGGGGGGGGGAUGGGGAAUAUUUUUUCUUAUCCCUUAACACUCACAACUCUCAAGGGUCAUAUGUUCCUCAUGGUUAUUAGAAGGUAUUUGAAAUAAUGGUUUGUUUUGGUCUCAAACCCCCCCCCUCCCCGCCACCUUUUAACCCAUCACACCCUAUCAUCAGUAUGUGAGUAUGCUUAUUCUCCUUACUGUUCUCUAUGAAUUUCCUAGAGGUGCUGAUUAGGAGAAUUUGUGUAACAAUCAAGAGCUUCCUUAGUUAGUGAUUAUUUCAUUUAUUCGCCUGACGUCAAGGGUCAAAAGGAUCACUGAAUGAUACCCAGUCUGACAAAAAGAGUGCGCAUAUGGAAAAAGAACUAAUGGAAAAAGAACUAAUGGAAAGCAAUGACAAAUACUGAAUACUUUUGCAUUUUUUAGAGCCACUGCAAUAACAGAUGACCAAGCUCAAGAUGCAAUGAUUCAGUUUGUGAGUGAAAACUGUUGUUAUGGAACGGCUCCAGCGAGGGAAAUGGUGAUUAAAGAUGUCAUUCCUUCAAGUGCUUAUCAUGUAAGUACAAUUUUUCUUGAUGUGUCCAUCUUUAACUCUUUAACUCUCAGAAGUGAUGAACGUGUAAUAAUAUCUCAAUAAUAUCCGUACAUUAUCCUGACCAAACAGUUUAAGAGAAUACUCAAACUUAUCAUGUAAAAAUUUUUAUCUUGAUCUAGCACCAAAUUCUCGUUAGGAAGUGUGUAGCAGGGAAAGGGGAGAAGUUACAACCAGAUCUGGGGAGUGAAAGGGUUAAUCUUAAUUUUGCCUCCUUUUUUUUUGAGAAAGAAUCAGUAAAAGAAUUCAGAUUUUCAUCUUUAUCAAUCAAAGUACCAAUGUAAUAUAUUGCAUUUUUUUCAAGUUUCUUUUCAUUGAAUUUUACUUUUGCAGUACUCUCUGGAAAGUUUCUGUGAAUCACGUAAAACUGAGUGGAAAUUUGAACCUUACCGAGGUACUAAGAAGUAUCAUAUCUUUUGACAGCAUAGAUUUUUUUUUUCCGUAAAAUUUUUUUUUACGCAUAGAAUUUCUGUUGCUUACUAGUCUGGAAAAUUUUUCAGUUUGUGGAGAUACACUUCCUAGAAAUACAGUUUCAAAAUAGAAGGAAAAACGUCCAUGUUGUAGCUCAGGUUGUAGAGCGCCGGAAUGCCGUACGGGAGGUUGAAAGUUCAAGCCCCAAACCAGACCAACACUCAGGGUCGUAAAAUAAUCGAGGAGAAUGUAUUGCCAUCGCUAAUACUUCCGAAUAUGAUUAGAGAUCUAGUCUUCUCGAAUAAGGACGAAAAACCGUAGCUAGGCCCAGUCUCCUGCAUCUUCUCUGUACUGGUUAGUAGGGGACGUUAGAGAACAACAAGGUAAUUUAGUAUCAUCAACUGAGUUGAUAACGUAAAUUGGCCACCGUUAAGAGUUUCAAAGCUGACGUUUCGGUUGUUUGCCCUUUGUCAGAGCGAAGGACUAAGUGCUAACUCGGUUGAUGAUACUAAGUUACCUUGUUGUUCUUUCCACGGUUUCUCUAGAAACAUACCCCCCUUUAUACGUAAGUGAACACACGCGCUUCUCUCAAAGAGAAGGAGACGUAGCUCCUAGUGUUGUGCUUUGGCCUUGUUAUUGUCUAUAUAUGCAACCCAUUCAAACCAGCUCUUAUGCUGAAAUGGGUCAGCCUGUCUGGAUAACGCAAACAAAUGAAUGAAUGAAUAAUUGGUUAAAAUCUUUUGUAUUGUCAGGUCAGCCAAUAGACAGCCCUGUGAACGGACCUGCUCCACCGCCAUGGCGCAUUCCUGCCAAUCCCCCUCAGUUGUUUAAGGACCAUACAGUCAAUAUUGAGGUUCCUCACACCGCCAAUAUCAAAGUAUGAACAGUUUUUUUUUCGUUACGCGACAAUGCCCCCUUUGAACUAUUUGACCCCUAAGUGUGACUAGCAUCUAAUUUCUCCUCACAAUAUCUCCCCUGAAUCACACACGAGGGUCACGAGAAUAAAGGAAAUGAUCACCAACUAAUAACCUCUUGAUUGUUAAACAAAUUCUCCUCGUCAGCACUUUGGGAAAUGUAUAGAGAACAGUAUGGAGAAUAUGCAUCCUGAUUUUAGGGUGUAAAUGGUUAAGAAUAAGAACUGUAUGUCUCGCACCCCGUGGGAUAAAGAUGAAUUGAAUCCUGAGUUCUUAUUGGCUACCCGACCACUCGUGAUCACCCGUUUCGAACCCGCAGGAAAAGCAAUCCCUGUGGACGGUUUACAUAGUACAUAACUUCCAAGCCUUUUUUUUUUUCCUUUUACAAGAAGAAUCCUUUGCGGUACUUUUCAAACAUUGAAAUCAAAAGAAACAUCUCGAAGACACUUAAAACUAAGAAAAAAACAUGCUUCGUGGUCUUGAUCCAUGAAACAAAACAAGCGUCAUAUUUUGCGUUUUCGGAUGUUUUCAGGUGGGGUCAGCGUUUGGGCUGAGUCGCGCGCGAAAAGGGGGAGUAAUACUUUUUCAUGCUCUUCCUUUCGCGCGUGAUUCAAGCUUCACGCUCGCUUCGCGUUUGAGUCCGCUUGUCUAGAGAGUAUAAAAACAAUAUAACACUUCAGCCAGCUAUCCAUGAAAACGCAAAAACGAACUUGGCCAGUAUACAGCCAACUUGAUCACACGCUUGAAUAUGGAGUGCGUUGCGAUGCUUGAUUGCAGAACCUGGAGUCCAACCUCGAAGAAAUUUAACUCUUUAGAGUCAACACGCCCCCAGGGUCAAAUGUAAGAGAGGUUCAAAACUGUCAGUUUUAUUCAGCGUGGCCAAUUUAUUAUGAAAAAAGUUUUAUUUUACUUUGAUCUUGUGUUCAUGAUGUUUUAUUUCACAUUUAUUCGUAGCCGUGUCAUGAUUGUAUGGCUGUGGGAUACAAGCGCUGUUAUAAGUGUUGUGGGCGUGGAAGGGUAGGUUGAUGCUAAAAUUUUUACUAUCAUAUCCUUUUCUGACGAAGAAAGAUGCUGUUUGUUUACUCACAACCGUGUAAGAAACCAAUUAAAAGAAAUCUCCGUAAGAGGAAUCGAACUCUAAACCUUUCGAUUUCGUACUCCGAUGCUGUUGACCAUCCGAGCGCGACCAUCCGAAGAUCUGGUGUUCGUUUUCCCGUGAAAUCCGAAUAUCUGGAAUUCGGUUCCUCUUGAAAUCCGAAGGUCCGGGAUUCGUUUCCUCGUGAAAUUGGAAGAUCUGGGUUUCGAUUCCUCGUGAAAUCCGAGGGAUGGGGAUUCGAUUCCAUUUUGAAAUCCGAAGAACUGGUAUUCAGUUCCUUGUGAAAUUCAAACAUCUGGGUUUCGAUUCCUCGUGAAAUCCGUAGGACAAGGAUUCUAUUCCUCGUGAAAUCCGAAGAACUUGGGUUUGAUCAAUCGUGGGAGACUGAGAUUUUCUCUUUGCAACUUGCGUGACUCGUAAAAUACUGAGCGAUACUACACACCAAAACGUUUAAUAAGAUAAAUAUAUAUGUUUAUUUACCAAUAUAUUUAAUCUUUAUUUCUAGUUGCGAUGUUCCACGUGCCAGGGUUCUGGUCUCGUUGAAGGAACGGAGCAAAGAGAGCAGUGUACCAACUGCAUGGGUAGAGGUUGGAAAACGUGAGUACAGAACUGUCAUGGUUUGCAUUAAAAUUUAGUAUUAUCAACUGAGUUGAUAACGUAAAUUGGCCACCGUAAUGAGUGUAAAAGCUGACAUUUCGUUUCUGACGAAGGGCUUACGCUCGAAAUGUCUGCUUUUAAACUCUUUACGGUGGUCAAUUUGCAGUAUGAACUCAGUUGAUAACACUAAAUUACCCUGUUAUUCUCUCCCACCGACGCAGCACCACAGUCUCUUCCGAAAUUUACCCCCUUUAUUCAUGGUUUUCAUUGGUUUGUUUGUUUAUUUGGGUAUAACAAUAUACACAACAAAACCACUGACACAGCUCUUGUAGAUUUUAAAGAGAGGUGGACAAAUCUUGUUACGGUAACAACAUUCCUCCUCAUUCUAAAGAAAGAUGCCAUAAGAAGUCUUUUUCGAUUGCAGUUGCGAGGUUUGUAAUGGCCACGGCCGAAUAAAGUGUGGGACGUGUUUGGGACAAGCCCAGUUGAAAACCUUCAUUGAGCUGACUGUAAAGUGGUAAGUUAAUGAAGCCAUACACAUUCAUGAACUUCUUCAUGUUCUAUCAAGUGAGGUUUCGCCCUGGGACAAUUCGCUGACUAGGCCUAGUAACCAGUUCCCGAGGAGAAGCCUAUUCGUGUGAACACCUGCGACUCGUUCAACUGAUCUGUUUGAAAAUCGAAUGGAUGAAAAUUGUGGCAGUCUCUUGAGCUGUUAACAGUUAUUAUUAUCUUUAUUAUUAUCAUUAUCAUUUUUAUCCUAAUUAUCAUUAUCUUCACCGUCAUCGUUGUUAUUGGUAUCAUAAUCAUCUAUUUAUUCUUAAGGGAGAACCAUGUGUCUAACCAUGUCGUGGAGAGAACAGAUCGGUUGCCUAGUGAUCUCAUCGUUAAUUCCCAAGGAACUGAAAUAUUCAGGCAAGAACUACCAAGGGUGAGUUUUUUUCCUUUCCAAUAAACUAAUCGUCUAAAACAAUCAUUGUGUGCCUUUCGAUUGAGUUUCCAAACUUAAAGCAAAGCCAAUCAGAAUGAGGGAAAUAUCACAAGGAGCCAAUAAGAAUUCACAAUCGAAUCAAGAAAAUUGUCUCAAGCGCGGGAAAACGCAAGUGACGUUGUCGCGAUUUGUUUUAAUUUUACAUAUGAUUGGUUGACGGCGCGGGGCGACUUUUGUAGUUCGCAGAGCUAAAUUAAGGUAAAGAAAUUGAACUGCCGGAUUACAAUGGACUCAAAUGGAAAUUGUUCUUCCGUGGCCAGAGGGUCUUGAAUGCCAAAGCAAAGUUAACACAGUAACCAAUGAAAACAAACGGGAAUGUCACAAGGAGUUUUUGAGAGGUCGAAGAACUACAAAACUUCCUGAAACACGAGAAAAUGUAAACUGAUUUGCGACUGGUUUUAAUUUGCAUCUGUUUGGUUUAGGAAUUGGCAUAUUUUAGACCAAUCAUCAUUUCAAUUGAUUGUCGUGAAACCGGAAACCAACGUCACAACGGCUAAUCAGAAAAAAAGGAAAUUACCCUGGAGAACCAAUGAGAACUCAAAGUUAAAACGAGUAAACUGCCUAAAGCGCGAGAAAACGCGGGCGACCAAUCGUGAUUGGUGCUAGUUUUGCAUCUGAUUGGUUGAGAGAGAGAGGUGCGAGUUUUCUGCUCCAAUCACUGAGCAAAGUAAACAAAACCAAUGCAGUCCUGGAUUACUCUGGGCAUUCAACUGAAAAACGAAAGCAAUUCAGUUUUUCUUUUAACACUCAAAAGAAUAUUGCUGUCUCUUUCACCUUCACGUUCUUACUAAACUACAACCUUGUUCUCUUUGAUCCCCGUUAAGGUUUGGCCAAUCACGAGCUUUUUUGACCAGCAAGUGAACGUGGGCUCGAAGAGGCUUGUAGACGAACACAGCAACAAGUGGCCAGCCACGAGCAUUCUUAUGCAGGUAGAUAGGUCUUUCAUAUGAAUAGCUAUACCUUACCACUUUAAUAACUCUAAUUUCCCAUCUUUGGGUAGACAAGUAAAAACGCGUCUCAGCAAAUUAAAUCGAAAGUAGGUAUGGUAUGCUAUUUAGAAGACUGCGAUUUCGAUGAUAGUGUGUCAACGAUCCUAUUGCUGAGUGACUUUCAUGGUAAUUUGUUGGAUACGCUCACAAGUUCUAUUUAAAACGACGCUUUGACAGAGGAGAUUCUUGCUGCCGUCCACUCUGCGUGGUUUGUCCACCUGUUUCCUCCCUAAUGCCAAACAUACGCGCCCCACUAACUAGCUAUGAAUAUGUCUUUGUCUUCAGCGUCAACAGCUGCGAGCAGUACCCGUGUCCGAGGUUGCCUACCAAUGGAAGGAGCAAUCAAGCCGCUUCUGGGUCUACGGUCAUGAUCACAAGGUAUAUUCUCCAGACUACCCCCAACAAUGCUGCUGUGGCUGCAGUAUUUUGUAGAGCUGCCUCACAUAGAGCUGCCUCACAUAGUUUUAAAAUAAAUCUUUGGGUACACCAUUUAUUUUUCACGUAAUUUACCACGCUUGACAUGAAAUUGACGUCCAGCGUUGUAGUAUUUGUAAACUAAAGAAUCGUACCACAGGUAAAACUUUAUAGUAUUUGUAGGGGCCAGCUACGCUUGGCAGAAUAAAUAAGACACAACAACUUCUAUGCGUCUGAUUCCUUGUAUUCUUGUACAGGAUAAUAAAAACGAAUAACAAAUAAGGGUCUAUCCGGCGACGAUUCGAAGUUAUUGCUUCUAACACAGCCUAAAUUCCUUCGCCAAAACUAACACGGUAAAAAACAGCAAAAAAAAUCCUGUAAGUAACGCUCAAACUACGCACGUGGCGUGGGAAACUGCUCCCAAUUUUUAUUGUCAGCGGCGCUAUAAACUAAAUGUAAACGCCACGAAUCAUACAGUAUUCAAUAGGAAAACUACGUAGUCUUGUUUGCAUUCAUUCUUCGAGAUGUUACGCAACACUUCCCAAAAGAAGCUUCUGUCAAGAUGCGUGUUGCGUGACACCCCAAAGAGCUACUGGGAAGGAGAUUCGAGACACUCGGUUGCCUGGAAAAAAAAAUGGUAUCAACUCAGAGAGUUUUCCAUAGUGUGGAUAAAAUACUUAUGGUUUCUACGGCUAUUGACGCAAAUAAACCUUCCGUUUCAUUUGUCCUUUUGUGAAAGGAAGACAGCAUAUUACUUUAGGUCCUAAAGAUGCCA